CGAAGGGGGGGCACGAAGGCGCGGCGGUCCAUAAAAAGGCCCCGGGGAGGGCGAGACAGGACCACCGUGCCGCCAGCGCCACCGGGGGGGGGGGCGAGGCACACGACAGACAGCGACACCAUGGCCCAGUCCGUGUGGGGCUACGACAGCGACAACGGACCUGAGCGCUGGCAUGAAAACUACCCGAUGGCCAAAGGAGACAAGCAGUCGCCCAUUGAAAUCAACAGCAAAGAUGUGCGGCACGACUCUUCGCUUGCUCCUUGGCAUGCCAGUUAUGACCCCGGAGCAGCCAAAACCAUCCUGAACAACGGACGGACCUGCAGAGUUGUCUUUGAUGACAGUUUUGAUAGAUCAGUGCUGAGAGGUGGGCCGCUCACAGGAGCCUACAGGCUGCGCCAACUGCACUUGCACUGGGGUUCCUCUGAUGACCAUGGCUCUGAGCAUGUUAUAGAUGGGGUGAAAUAUGCAGCAGAGUUACACAUGGUACACUGGAAUCCAAAACAUGGCAAUUUUGCUGGAGCUUUGAAACAACCUGAUGGUGUAGCUGUUGUGGGCAUUUUUCUGAAAGUUGGAAAAACUCCCAAACCAGAAAUUAAGAGAAUUCUUGAAGAAAUAGAUAACAUUAAGACCAAGGGGAAAGAGGCUCCUUUUCAGCACUUUGAUCCAUCAAUUCUUUUCCCCAAAUCUCGGGACUACUGGACCUACCACGGUUCAUUCACAACACCCCCCUGUGAGGAGUGCAUCACUUGGAUUCUCUUGAGGGAGCCCAUUGAAGUCAGCCCAGACCAGAUGGCGAAGCUCCGUAGCCUUUCCAAGAAUGGUGAGAACGAAGCGAUGAAUCCACUGGUUGAUAACUGGCGCCCACCUCAGCCUGUGAAGGGCAGGGUGGUGAGAGCCUCGUUCAAGUAAAGCUCUGUGGAGCCUGAGUUGAGAAAAUCCCUGCAUUCUAAAGCAUAGUUAGUUUUUGCUCUCUACUGCUUUUCCUCUGGAUCAAGAUCUGUCUUUCUCAGCUUAACAUUCUGAGUGGUAAAACUGAAUCUGAUUUUUAAAGCAGAAGAAGAUACUCUAUGUAAUCACUAACCUUAUGAAGGAAAUGUGAGAUACUUGUGUUCCUUGACCACAAAUGUUUUAUCAUUUGUGAUAGUGUCACUUCUCUGCCAUGUGGUCUUGGAAGAAAAAUGAGCUCAUUUCCAAUAUUUAAAACGAAUUUCAAAGGAAAUGUAGUAAAGGCAGAAAAAUGAACCAGUAGCUCAGGAAAGCAGGAAUAACAGUGGGUCAAACAGUACGUGAACAGGAGCUAAAAUGCCUGCUCCUACAGCAUCUUUAGUAGAUACCUUCAUCAGAUGUCCCACAUUGUGCAAACAUCCAAAGAAUAAACUCCUCUUUAACAUACCACA